AUGAAAGCAUCUUCUCCUACUUUCAGCACCAUCGACAUCAACAAGCGUAAAUGGUCGAAUUUGAGCAGUGCAAACUUUGAAGAGGAGCGCAAUGCAAAGAUUCGCAGGUCUAUUCAGGACCAUGUCUCUGCUCAUGCCAAUCAGUCUUUGGUGGGAUCUGAGAGCGAGCCCGCAACCAACUUCUUCCCUCGUCAAGUCUUUGACAGCAAAGAUCCAUCAGCACGCUAUCAAAUGACAACAAUCUGCUGUUUACAUGCUUCAGUAGCACAAAAGUCAUAUGGAUCAGAGAAGCGCUUCUUGUGUCCCCCACCUAUUGUCAACAUUCAAGCACCUCAAGGCGACUCCAAGUCAGCUCUCAGCAGCAAACCUCAAGUAACCAUGUCUGUUGUCUGUGAGUCUGGCGAUAACAACAACCAACUUGGCCAACGCUCGACUUUAGAGGAUGAUCACACGGGGACAUUCCGUUACUUGUAUGUUACUGGCUCUGCAAAGGCAAAGUCCUUCCAGCUCAAGCUGCAAGUCUACGGUCGUGCAUGUUUGCCCAACGGAUUCAUUUCUAACGGCUCCUCUGAGGCAGAGGAAGGUGUUAUCAACACUGCAGACCUACCUGAGCCUUACGCUGUCUUUGACAGUGCACCCAUUGCCAUCAUUUCCAAGCCAUCGAAGAAAACCGCCAAGGCGCGCAAUGUCUCUUCAUGCAUCCUCGCAGGCUCUUUGGUCUCUCUUUUCAAUCGCAUUAACUCACAGACAGUUCGCACAAAGUACAUGUCUGUUCAAGAUGGAGAGUUCUGUGCAAAGAAUUCGACUUGGUCUUCGUUCUCGAUUACGAUCGUCUCCAACAGCGCUGGUAAUCCUAAUACUCCUUCAACUACAAAAUCUCACCAUCGCCAGUCUGCGGCCCAAUCCUCUGUCCCUAUCACGUAUGGUUCCGAGAUCAUCUUGACCGAGACCGCGACAGGACUGAAAUCUGAUCGUUUGAUUGUCUGCAAGGUCGAAAACGGACGCAUUCAAGAGAAUGCGAGUGGUCCUAUCUGCCAAAUGCAAAAGGUGGCGCUUAUGUCAAUGGAGCGUAGUAAGGAUGGUGAACCAUUGUAUCUCAGCGCGGUUGGCAACGAUCAUCAGGUUGGACGUUACAUGGAUCACUCAUCAAGCACCAAGACUGUAUUGAAGUACCAGCCUUCGACUAUAACCGGCGGAAAUAUUGACAUUAUGAAACCUGGAAGCGACGACUUUUUGUGCUGGACUAUUGUCGGGAUCUCUAAAUUUGAGUAUACAUACUUCGAGUCUCUCCCUGCAGACAGCGAAAGUCAUCAUCCCAUUACUCCUUUUCCAACGCUGAUGAAGAAUCCUGUCUACAAUGCUGCGUCUCACACGCUUGAGUUGGUUGUAUCCAAUUUUUACUCACAGAUUGGCGACCAGAGAAGCGAAAUGCCUAUGAACGUCUGGCUUGGAUCACGAGGUCCCCUUACAACACGCAUCAUCCGGCGAAGUGUUUCGGGAAUGGAAGGCAACAAUGUGGACCGUACAACGCUCUUGGUCGAGUUGCCACAGGGCAAUAUCGGGGCCACACCUGAGGAGAAGUCACUUUCACUGCCUUUGCUUUUUGUGCGCAACCAUGAUGGCAUUACUUACAAUUCCAGAGCCACAGUUGUCUUUACUCGUCCCGAACAUGGCGAUCGCUGGUCCGUCAGUAUGGCCUAA